AUGUUCUUCACCAGAGCGCGUUCCCCUUUCACAGAAGAAAGAAAUUUGAACGUCAUAUUUCAAGUCCUGCUGGCAAUGCUGCUUGGCCAUCUCGGCAACGUGGGCAAACUCCACCGGGCAGCCAGAGCCUUUACGGUCGUAAUGUUGCGCGACGGUCAGGUCCGUUCGCGCCAGAAACUCGACGACGCCACACCUGCAGAAGUCAUCUAG